UCCAAAAAUGUCCAUGCAAUAUCGAAAUCGAACCUGAUUAUGAGAAAAAUCUGGGGAGAUGCUAGAUUUUUGAUUUUAUUUGCAGACAAAGAAACAGUCAAGCAGAGCGCGAGACAAUCGAGAGAGAGAGAGAAGACACACAGAAGAACCCUCCAGAUCACACUUCACAGUAUCACACUCUCAGACCUUUCUGCCUAAAGCUUCAAGGCGAAGCCAACAUUUUCAUUUAUUAUUUGUUUACUACCUCCAUGCCUCGGAACCGUAAAUCCAGAUUUCAAACGCGAAGUCUCCUCAUUCCUUCCUUUCUCUGUCUCUCUGCUCGUGUGCUCUACUAGCUCAGACCCGUUUCUGUCAUUCUCUCUUCACCAGUUUUCACCUUAAAAAUAGCCCUCUUAAGACCUACGUUUUCUGUUGAAAUCUCUUCAACUCUUUGAUGGAGCUCAAAAGCUCGAAGCCAUUUGAAAGCUUUUGAAAUUGGUCUGCCCAACCCUUUUUCUUUUUUUUUUUUUUUUUUCUUUUUCGUUGUUCCUGUUGCUGAGCUUAGUCAUGGCUCACAAGCAUUUGCGCGAGCUAUUGAGAGAAGAUCAAGAGCCUUUUGCUCUGCAGAGCUACAUUGAUGAGAGACGUUGCCAGCUGAAGAAAUGGACGCCCAGAACCCAAUUGCAGGUUAAAAGGCGGAGACCCAUAUCAGAAAACUCGAGCUUUCCCGGAAGCUUAUGUAAAAGCGCCUGCUUUUUCUCUUUUCACGACUCUCCGGAUGUACGAAGAUCCCCUGUCUUCGAUUUCGCCUCCCCAGCGAAAAGCCCAUGUAGAAACUCCAAUACCCUCUUCAUUCACAUCCCUUCCAGGACGGCAGCUGUGCUCCUUGAGGCUGCUCUGCGGAUUCAGAAGCAGUCAUCUUCUUCCAAGUUCAAAAGCCCUAAUAAGAGCUUAGGUUUCGGAUUCUUCGGAUCGAUUCUGAAGAGAAUAUCCCUCCGAAAGCGAAACAGGAAGAGAGAGAUAAAAGGAGAGGAGGUCAGAGUUUCUGUCAAGGAUAUCUUGAGGUGGGAUUCGUCUGAUGGACGUAAAAUAUGUCAAGAUGAUGAUAGGUUGGAAAACCGAGAACCAAUGGAGGUUUUGGAUUACAAUAGGGUCUCUGAAAUGGGUUUCUCAUGUUCCUGUAAUACCAGACUCAGCAGUGCUUGGUCUGAGAGUAAUGAAGAGAAAUCCGAGGAUUUGGAGACCUCGACCAGCAGCCGGUCCGAAGCGUCCGAAGCGAUGGAGUUCAUCGUCGACGAGAGAAAGAACGGGGAGUGCAAUUCGUGCGAGAAGGCAUUUUGUUCUAGCUCCUUCCGCUUUAUGCUUCCAAAGAGCCCGUCUUCCAGUCGCCGGACGCCGGAAUUUCAAUCUCCGGCAACCUCUCCGAGUCGCCACAGAAAAGAGGUCUCAAGGUGUGAAGAAGGAAGCUUGAAUUGUGUGGGGAAGGACUAUGAAGAAGAGAAGGAACAAUGUAGUCCCGUUUCGGUGUUGGAUCCUCUCUUUGGUGAGGAUGACGACAAUGAUGACGAUGAUGAUGGAAAAAACCAGGAUGAAGAGAUGGGAGAAGGUUUUGAACUCGAACACAGCUUUGCCAUUGUACAGAAAGCCAAGCAACAGCUAUUGCACAAGCUUCGUAGAUUCGAGAGGCUUGCUGAGUUAGAUCCCAUUGAACUUGAGAAAAGUCUCAUGGAAGAAGAAGAUGAUGACGAUGAGAAUGACGAUAGCAAAAACUUCACUGAUGAAGAAUGUGAUGAUGACAAGGAACCAGUAUUGUCAAAUAAUGAGAAGAAUGAAAAUGGGUUUGAUAAAGAAAUUCUAAGCAGGCUGGGCUUUUCUUAUGUAAGGAGGCUACCACAGGACAUGAAGAGACUGGUUCUAGAUCUCAUCUCUGAGGAAGAAAGAGAAGCAGCUGUCUCCCAUGAUAGAGAAGUUGUGGUGAAGAGAGUCUGCAAACAAUUGGAAUCAUGGAAGGAGGUGAACUCAAACACCAUUGACAUGAUGGUUGAAUUGGACUUCAGAAGAGAGGGAGAUGAGUGGAGGAGACACCAAGAGCAGGUACAGGAUGCAGCAACCGAGAUCGAGUUUGCAAUCUUUGGGUUCUUGGUGCAGGAAGUCUCAGAUGAACUUGUUCAUUUCUAGUGGGAGUUUUAAAGCUGUUCAUCCAGCAACUAAUUUUGCUUAAUUUUUUCAUUACAUUGGAGGACCGUUCUGAUACUCCAACGCCCUGUGGUGUAGGUUAACUCGACUAGUAAGAUGAUAGUUAAAGGAAGGUUGAGGUUAAUGAUACCCUUCUCUUUGGGUAUCAUACAAGGAUGAUGAUGUAUAUGUUUCAUGUAUCAUGUAUGUAGCGGGAAAGAUGUAUUUAGCCUUGCCUUAAUGAGACAUUACAGAACAGUCUUUAGUGAUUUUGGAAU